AUGGUCGCUUUGGUGGCUCAUGGAAAUCCGGUCUUGCCCAGACUCUUUGCCGUCGAUGAACACAACGCUAUAGACUCAGCUCUCAGGGUGGAGUCCAGUCCUCCAGCCUAUGGAGGUGUGAUUAGCAUAGAGGCUGAAAAAACUGUGUCUCUCACCUGUUUGCUGGAGUCCUCAAGUCUGGUGGAUCGGGAGCUGCAGUGGUUCCGGAAUGGAGCCCAAAUCCACCUGCAGGAGUGGAAUCGGCUAAACCAGAGCAGCCUGUGUCUGAACCCCGUGUCUCAGGACGAUGACGGUGUCACUUUCAAGUGCCAGCUGAAUAGUAAUGCUGCUGCCAAUGCUUCCGUACAACUGGAAGUCUUCUUCGCUCCAGAUCUCUCAGGUGUUGACAACAUCACCAUAGAGGAAGGUGGAAAGAUAAGUUUGGCCUGUGACAUAUAUGCCAACCCCCAGGUGACUGUGACAUGGAAGCAAAAUGACAAAGCUUUGGACCUGGCAAGUGGUGGCUAUGAACUUUUCCACAACACCUGGGAGUCACGUCUGUCCAUCUCCAAAGUGCAACGAGAGAUCCACGAGGGCCAGUACAGCUGUGUGGUCACAUCCCCCAAGUUUGGAAUCAGGACUAAGAUCUUUUCUCUCACUGUGGAAGAUAGGACAGUUACAUUCCCACUGGGCGCAGUAAUUGCUGGCGUGGUGGUGGUUUUCUGUACUCUCCUUCUGGCUUUCAUAUCCAGGUGGAAACGGAUCACAAAGUGCUGCAAGUAGAGCAGGCUGUUGAGUCAACACUGCAAGCUAAAGGUUUUGAACCAUCAAGCCCCACUGCUACUACACAC